CGGUGGGUGACGCAAAUGACGCAAGGGCCGGCCGAGCCCGCCGCUCCGUCCCCUCCCCUCUAGACACCCCCUUUCCCCUCCCUCCCCUGUCAGUGUCUGGCUGUGGGCCGGGCUCUGUGAUCUUGGCGGCGCGGGCGCCCUAAGCCCUCUCCUCCCCCUCCUCAGACACACGUUCUGUCUCCACUACCCCCCCGCCUUCCCCCCCUCCCGUGGUCGCACUCCUCUCCAACCCUCGAGAAACAUGGCACAAGCCCGGGGACGUUGCCCGAGCGACCGGGGCGACGGGGAUAGCGAGAUGGACAAGUCCAGGAAGGUGGCUCUCAUCACCGGCAUCACCGGCCAGGAUGGUUCGUAUUUGGCUGAAUUCCUUCUGGAAAAGGGUUAUGAGGUCCAUGGAAUUGUACGUCGAUCAAGCUCCUUCAACACAGGGAGGAUUGAACAUCUGUAUAAGAACCCUCAGGCUCAUAUUGAAGGAAAUAUGAAAUUACAUUAUGGUGAUCUCACGGACAGUACCUGCCUUGUGAAGAUAAUUAAUGAAGUGAAACCUACAGAAGUCUACAACUUAGGAGCCCAGAGCCAUGUCAAAAUUUCUUUUGACCUUGCUGAAUACACUGCUGAUGUUGAUGGUGUUGGCACUCUAAGGCUUCUAGAUGCAAUUAAGACUUGUGGCCUUAUCAAUUCUGUGAAGUUCUACCAAGCCUCAACCAGUGAACUUUAUGGAAAAGUACAAGAAAUACCACAAAAGGAGACUACCCCUUUUUAUCCUAGGUCACCAUAUGGAGCAGCAAAACUCUAUGCUUACUGGAUUGUGGUGAACUUCCGUGAGGCCUAUAACCUGUUUGCUGUAAAUGGUAUUCUUUUCAAUCAUGAAAGUCCCAGAAGAGGGGCAAAUUUUGUAACUCGAAAAAUUAGCCGAUCUGUAGCUAAGAUUCACCUUGGACAAUUGGAGAGCUUCAGUUUGGGGAAUCUGGAUGCCAAGAGAGAUUGGGGCCAUGCCAAGGACUAUGUGGAGGCUAUGUGGCUAAUGUUGCAGACCGACGAGCCAGAAGACUUUGUCAUUGCUACUGGUGAAGUCCACAGUGUCCGUGAAUUUGUGGAGAAAUCAUUUCUUUACAUUGGGAAAACUAUUGUGUGGGAAGGAAAGAAUGAGAAUGAAGUGGGUCGGUGUAAGGAGACUGGCAAGAUCCACGUGACUGUAGAUCUCAAGUAUUACCGGCCAACUGAAGUGGAUUUUCUGCAAGGAGACUGUACCAAAGCAAAACAAAAACUAAACUGGAAGCCCCGGGUCGCUUUUGAUGAACUGGUGAAAGAGAUGGUGGAGGCUGAUGUGGCUCUCAUGAAGCACAACCCCAAUGCCUAAGCUGACUUCUGGUACCCAUCCGGGCAGCUGAUCUCCUGAAGAGAUAUGGUCACCCUAGCUAAUCUUCUGGAGGGUUCAUUUUCCCCUUGUAAUCAAUCGGGUGGAGGGCACCUGACUGCAGAAGGGGGGGACUGGCAAUUGAUGUGGUGGAGGAAAGGAAGAUUUAUUCACAUCCAACACUGAUUUUUUCCCCCAAUACUCCGAUGCCAUGAUUGUCUGGAAAAAGAAGAAUCUUUCACUCCCAGAAAGACUAUAAAAUCAAAACUGUGACCACUCCAAUGCUUGGUUUCACAUUAUUUCAUUUACUUCAUCUGAAGGAUUUUAUGUAAUCUAUAAGAUGGUUUUAAUCACAAUUCAUUUUAUGUAAAAUUAUGUUGUAAGACAACAGAAAUUGUGGGGCCUUUAAAUUGUCUUUUUUCUUAUUAAAUUGGUCUUUCUACAAACCAG